AUGUCAGCAGUGAGUUCCGAUAUGAAAUCCCUCUGGAAACCUGCCUAGCCUCUAACCAACUGGCAACCGCACAGUCAGUCUUUUCUGUCCGCGUAUCUAUUUACAAUGAAGAUCGGCCUCUGCUCGUACAGCGGGUACAAAAUCUACCCCGGACAUGGCAAGACCAUGGUCAAGUCCGACGGAAAGACAUUCACAUUUCUUAAUGCUAAGUGUGAAUCUUCCCACUUAAUGAAGAGGAAUCCAAGGAAUGUCACUUGGACAGUCCUCUACAGGCGUAAGCACAAAAAGGGCCAGGAGGAAGAACAGUCUAAGAAGAGGACGAGGAGAACGCAGAAGUUCCAGAGAGCCAUUGUUGGUGCAUCCCUCACAGACAUUCUUGCCAAAAGGAACAUGAAACCCGAGGUCAGGAAGGCGCAGAGAGAUCAAGCCAUCAAGGCUGCCAAAGAACAAAAGAGGGCGACCAAAGCGGCCAAAAAACCUGAAAAGGUUGCCCCUAAAGUCAAGGCACCUCCUAAAGCCAAGGUAUCUAAGGUACAACAAAAAUCUGCACCUAGAGUCGGAGGAAAACGAUGAUUUGUAAUAAUGUUAACUUAAAUACAUCUGUUUCAAAUAUA